CAUUUGACGUCACAACGACGCGUCGUUUUCUUCCGGUUUACGUUUAUUUUGGUCAGACAAAUGUCUGUAGGAAAAGAGAGGAUGUAAAGUUCUGCGUGUGUCAAACAUGUCUGGGAAACACCGGACGCUUCCUUCGUGGAUGGCAAAGAAAGAAGAUAAAGCAAAAGAAAAAAAGGCGCCACUGAAGACUCAGAAAAAGCCGAGAGCUGCAAGAGCUGAUACUGUAUGAACGAGGCGGAGCUGGUGGAAGCCGCUGCUUCGUGUCUUACCGAUGGUUCCUGUGAGGAUGUGCUGCUACUAUUUCACCAACAGGCUAAAAACCUAGCCAAGAAGACAGCAAAACCCAAGCCUGAUGCUUCACGGAUAAAAGAAAAGCGUUUUACUGAGAUUUUAGAGGAAUCUUCAUCAGACUGCUCCGCUGACCCAGAAACUACUUCAGUUUCAGAAACAGGCUUGGACAUUACAGAGGCCGAAAAGUUGCCAUACAUGAGCCCACAGCAUCCUGAAUCCGAGGGCGAGAAGGAUGAUCAUAAACUCAUAAACACGGAUGUGGAAACUGAAAAAGAAAAGCAGAUGGCAGAAGAUGCUGUAGAAGAGGACGAAGCCUUGCGGCUUGUACGGGAGAUUUUUUUCACUUGACCAAAAUAGUUAAUAACCUUUGCAGAGUUGUACCUGCCUUUUUUUUUCUUUGUGGACGAAACUAAACUUUUUAGUGGGGAGAAUAAAACUUGAGUGAUCUGUAUUCAUUUUUAAAAAAAAGC